UGGUGAAACAAAAAUGGCGAGCAAUAUUAAAGUUAUCCUACAAUUUUGAAAAAUAGAAAACUUAAAAAGCUGCAGAAAUGUACUUAAACUGGAUUUUCUAAACACAAUGUAGGCUACUAGGAUUUUUUCCCCUUCACUGAAAAGCAGCCAAAUGUUUCACAAAUCGCUUCAAUUUUUUUUCUUUUUUGCUUGUUUUUUUACAAUAAAGUCUUCAAAAUGUAGUGAUUUUGGCUGAAACUCCUCCAACCUGGCAACAACAGUAUGAACCAAUUGGCCAAGAUAACAUGACUCGGCAGUCAUGACGGGAGGCGGAGUGAGGAGGGGAGAGUAGAGUUAACGUGAGACAGCGCUGAGUUUUUUUCUCCAACAUAAACUAAUGGCAGACCGUUCGACAGACUUCGGCUCCAGUCGUGCAUUUCCGUCUGGGCGGGACAAAUGUUUAGUCAGCUGAGCUGAUUUUCGCUGGAAAUUACGACAGACGCCAAACUUAAGAAAUCUGUUGAUUCGUUUUUUGAAAAAGUUGACAAACUAUAAAUCCGAAAAGUGUUGAACAUUCGUGACUGCAGAACACGUUUCGGUGCGGCAGACUGACCGUGCCCCACAGGAGGACACAUGGAUGGCGAAACAGACAGUGAUGGCCCCAGAGAAAACCAAAAAGACAUUACCAUGGAGGUGGAGAACCUUUUGGUUGAAGCUAAGAAUUCUGGCACAAAGGGACUUCAGGAGAAACUGGAUGACUCCAAGAAACAACACAAUGGCAUAUUGAGCGGUAGAACAGACGCUGAACUGCAGUGGUCAGACUCCUCUGGUUCUCUCUCUGCUCAUGCAGUGUACGUGUUUUCAGAUGAAUGGACAAUGAGACGGGAGGAAGAGAUGAAUACUACCUCCCUGCUGGAAAAUUGGGCGUGUCCUGAUAGAGAAGGUCACCGUGAUCCAGCUGAAAGUCUGUCCAUGCCCCUAGUUUUGAGCAGGUCGGAUCUUUCUGAUCUCUAUACCCAGGCUGGCCUUGCGGUACCAAACCUGUCCAGCAAGCCCAGCAGUCCCAUUGCUUCUUCACGCUUUGUGACCAGUCCAACAACGGACGCCCUCAAGUUUGCGUCCAGACGUUCAAGCGGAGAUCCUGUCUCUGCUGCCGCUCACCUGCACCUCCUGGGGGAAUCCCUGUCUUUGAUUGGGCAACAUCUGCAGGAAACAAAUAAAAUGGUGUGUUUGUCCAGUUCCUUCUCUUUACUUUUGGAUUCCAUGCUUUGUGCCCUGGCUCCACUGAUGAGCCUCACCUCUCAAAUACCCGAGCUGUCGGGCUGCACAGACUGCACACUGGCAUCCUCUCUGGAAAAUUUUGCUUAUUUGAUGCCUGGACUAUAAGUCAUGAAAGAAAACUAUAUUUGAUUUGCAUCUUUUUGCCAAUUCAUUUUUGCAAGUAUCGCAAUAAACUUUACAUACGCAUGUC